AUGGAACUGAACCACAAACUGAUGGCCGGUUUGGCGAGCCUGGGCAUUGUCACGCUUGCCGGUUUCGGCGCGCUGACGCUGGUCGGCACCCAGCCGACCCGAUUGGCCGAACAGGCAUCGGUGUCGGGCGGCAUCGAUCCGAUCGUCACCGCCAGCGUUCCCGCCGCCGACAAUGCCGAGCACAAUGCGCAGAUCGCGCGUCUCGGAGAAGCGCUGACCGCGAUCAGCGAGGGCCGCAUUGCGGAUGCCAAAUCCCUGCGCGACGCGAUGCUGGCCGGUUCCGUCGAUCGCGAUCUGGUCGACUGGACCCUGGCCGCAUCGGGCGACCGUGCCGUUGGCGCCGGCGCGAUCGCCAAGGCCAUGCGCGGGCUCGACGACUGGCCCGGCCAGGAGCUUCUGGCGCGCAACCAUGAGCGGGCGCUGGCGCGCGGGUGGCUGGGCAACAUCAAGCUGCGCACCGCAUUCGAUGCCAGGCCGCCCGAGACGUUCGAGGCCGCCUAUGCGCUGGCCAAGGGUCAUCUGCGGACCGGCGGCGAGACGAAGGCGCGCGAUCUGAUCGUCCCCUAUUGGCGGACCAUGGUGCUGUCUUCGUCGAUCGAGCGCGAGGUUGUGGACCUGUUCGACGGUGUGCUGACGCAGGCCGAUCACCGCGCGCGCUAUGUCGCCAUGAUGGUGCGUGAGCGCAUUCGCGCCGGCGCGCGCGUCGCCGACGCCGCCGGCAUGGACAGGCUGCACGAGGCCUGGGCGGCGGUGAUCCGCGAGGCGCCGGGCGCCGAGGCGCUGAUCGCGGAUGUGCCCGACGCGUUGCUGGACACGGAAGCCGGCCUUUACAUGCGCAUCGAGCAUCUGCGCCGCACCAACAGGAUGGAGGAAGCCGGAGAGCUCUUGGCCGAGGUUCCGUCCGAUCCCGAUGCGCUGACCAAUCCCGAUGCCUGGUGGAACGAGCGGCGCAUCGUGUCGCGCUCUCUGCGCGAGGCCGGCGCCGUCGAGCAGGCCUAUGAAAUCGUCUCGGAGCACCGCGGCGGCAGCCCGGCAACGCAGGUCGAUGCCGCCUUCCAUGCGGGCUGGUAUGCGCUGCGCGGGCUGAACGAUCCGGCGCGCGCCAGACCGCAUUUCGAGCGGAUCGAACGGAUCGCGCAAGGCGCGGCAUCGCGCGCGCGCGGCGCCUACUGGCUCGGCCGGACUGCCGGCGCGGCGGGCGACGAGGAUAUGGCCCGCGCCCAUUUCGAGCGCGCGGCGCUUUAUCCGACCAGCUUCUACGGCCAGCUUGCCGCGCAGGCGCUCGGUCAUGAAAGGCUCGCCAUCGGUCCGAUACCGGCCAGCGAAGAGGCACAGCGCGACCUCUCCGCAUCGCGGGUGCUGCUGGCGAUCGAGCGCCAGACCGAAACCGGCCAGACGCGCUUCCUGCAAACGCUCUAUACGGGUCUGGCCGAGCGGUUCGACACGCCGGCGCAUUAUGCGGCGCUCGCCCGCCAUGCCGCCGAGCAGGGCCAUCACGCGAUCGGUCUGAGGAUCGCCAAGCGCGGCCAGUGGAACGGGCACGAUCUGGGCCUGGCCACCCAUCCCGCCGACGCCAUUCCCUCCGACGGUUUUCUGUCCGCUUCCGACCGGGCGCUGGUCUAUGCGGUCGCCCGCCAGGAGAGCGAGUUCAACACGAACGCGGUUUCGCGCGCCAAUGCGCGCGGCCUUCUGCAGUUGCUGCCCUCGACCGCGCGCGACGUGGCCGGGCGCAUGGACCUCGCCUACAACGCCGCGCGGCUGACCGCCGAUCCGGCCUUCAACGCGCUUUUAGGCACGCAGUAUCUGGACGAGCAGCGCGACCGGUUCAGCGGUUCGCAUGUUCUGACCUUCAUCGCCUACAAUGCAGGCUCGGGCCGCGCGCGCGAAUGGAUCGGCCGCUUCGGCGAUCCGCGCGGGCUGCCGCUGGCAGAAACGAUCGACUGGAUCGAACAGAUCCCCUUCCCGGAAACACGCCUCUACGUGCAGAAGGUCAUGGCCAACAUGACGGUCUACAAGGCGCGCUUCGACCUGCCGCUGACGAUCGCGCAUGAUCUGACGACGACCACGAUCGUUCCGGUGCCUUUCACUCCGCCUCCAUUCGACCCCGGCGAGAGCCUUUACUUCUCCGCACGCGACGGAUUGCCCAUCCAUGUGCGCGCCGUCGGGCCGAAGGACAACGGCCUUGCGCCGGUCGUCUGUCUGCCCGGCCUCAGCCGCAACAGCCGCGACUUCCUCGGCCUUGCGCAUCAUUUCGCCAACCAUGCCAAAAACCCGCGCCGAGUCUACGCGUUCGACUUCCGCGGACGCGGCUUGUCGGGCCAUGACAAGGACUGGCGCAACUACAAUGUGCUGACCGAAGCCGACGACGUGGUUUCCGGCCUGACGGCACUGAACAUCGAGCAUGCGAUCUUCGUCGGCACUUCACGCGGCGGGAUCGUGACCAUGCUGCUGACCGCCAUGCGCCCGGGCGCCAUCCGCGCCGCCAUUCUUAACGAUAUCGGGCCGGUGAUCGAGGGGGCCGGGCUGACGCAGAUCCGGCUCUAUCUGAAGAAGAUGCCGCGCCCGCGCGAUUGGACGGACGCGGUCGCCAUCCAGAAGACGGUGAUGGACAAAUCGUUCACCGCCCUUGAGGACGCAGACUGGGCCUUCGAAGCCUUCGGCCGUUACCGGGAGAUCGACGGCCAGAUCCGACCCGAUCACGAUCCGGCGCUCGUGCGCACAUUGACCGACAUCGAUCUGGGAGAACGUCUGCCGACCAUGUGGCCGCAGUUUGCAGGGCUCAAACGGGUGCCGGUUCUGGUGCUGCGCGGCGAAAACUCAUCGCUUCUGGCCGAAGAGACGGUGCGGACCAUGCGGUCCAUUCACCCGUCAUUGACGGCGGCGGCGGUCAGGGGCCAGGGCCACGCGCCGAUGCUGCAUACACCCGGGGCGCUGGCGCCUGUCGAGGCCUUCGUCGGCAAGUUGAAAUUCUGA